AUGGCGCCGAAUCAAAAGGGGUUUGUUCUCAAGUUGUCUAACUAUUGCAAAUGCAAUGGUUGCGACAAAACGUUGAAUAAGCUGCUUGAAAUCGAUGGAGUCCAUUCAACGAACAUCGAUGCAAAGACAGGGGAGCUUACCGUUUCGGGCCCUGUAGAUCCGGAAAAGGUCAUAAGGUUCCUUGAAAAAAAGGGCAAAAAAGCAAAGCUCAUUACGGAGGAAAUUCAGCCGAAAAGAAACAACCACCGCAAUGCACAAAUUAUAAAGCUGCCUGCGGCCAGCAUGCCACAGCCAGUAGUUGUUCAAGAAUUCAAAGUGUUAAAACAAUUCGAGAUGACCUGUUCAAAGAACGUGAAGGUGACGUUCAAUGGGAAGAACAUAGAUGAGGAAAAGCUGGAGAAGGUGGAAAAGAUCGAUGGCGUCCAUUCAUUAUCCAUAGAUCUGAAGACAGGGCAGAUGACCAUUUCAGGCACCGUAGACCCGCAAAAGGUCAUAAGGUACCUUGAAAAACAUCACAAACAAGCAAAGCUCGUUCCUGAGGAAAUUCCGCCAAAAAGAAACAACCAAUGGGAAUUUGAACAACUGGAGAUAAUAACCUAUAGGAAGGUGACAAUCAAUGGGAAGAACAAAGAUGAGGGUGAUUGUAGCAGCGGACAUGGCACUGGCACUUCUUUUAGCGGCUGGCGACCCCAUGGCAAAGAUAUUAUUCCCCGCCACUGGUGA